AUGGCGGCGACACUCCCAGCACGAUCGUGCUUCCAGAGCCUUCGUCUCAUCGCUCGCACGUCACCAGCAACCCUCCGACGUCUCUCGACGCUGCCAAACAACGAGCACAUUUAUGUACACGAACACAAACAGUCCAACGCACCGACGAAGCAGUACAUCCUCUCGUAUCUGUCCAAAGUCCCUCCCAACCCAUCUCUUGCAAUCGGCACCACGAAUCAAAUACCUCCCACCACGGAAUCACUGAAAGAAAACUCGGAAUUCGCGGAGAUUGUGCAUCAUGUCAUCCAAGAGCACGCGGUACAUGACCCGGACGUCCAGGCGCAAGCACAGAUGUAUGCAUCUCAAGCCGGCUCCUCGCUAGGCAGCGGCGGUGUCUUCUUUCCCCAACAUCAGCAGCAGCAGAACAAGCGGAGAGAUCGCAGCAGCAGACAGAUGGGCGGUGGAGGUGGAGGAUCGGGAGCUGUUGGCAGUGGUGGAGCGAGCUCGCAGGGCGGUAUGGGCGGAGGCGGUCGAGGUGGAUUCGUGCACGUGGCCGAUCAGCGCAAUCCGCCCGACUAUGGCCGAGUCGCGUAUCCCGAGGACAUCUUCGGCAGUGUUGAGAUUGAUGGCGCCGGCAACUUUGUGGACGGCACGGGCAGGUACCAGCGCUCGGGGUCCUAUCGUAUGGUGACCAACCAAGGCAUACUCGGUCUGAGCCCGUACUUGAGAACAAAGCUGGUGCAGAGACUCGAAGAACUCGAUGCGCAGGCACGAAUGAACGGAUAG